GCGGAAGAGGCAGCAGCAGCGGCGGAAGCGGCGGUAGAGGCAGCGGCAGCGGCGGGAGCUAAGGUAGAGGCAGAGAGCGGCGGCGGCGGAGCAGCGGCGGGGCGGAGGGGUAGCGGUAGCGCGGCCGGCGGCAACCGCAGCGGCCGCUUUCGGGCCCGUCUGGCCGCCUAAGGUUCGAGCGUCCCGGGGGCCAAGGCUUGGGUGAGGGUGGGCCAUGCAGGAAGCGGAGGAGCCCGCGCCCCCUCCGCGGCAGCCGCCUUUGCCCCCCGUCUACAUCUACAGCCCCGAAUACGUCCGCACUUGUGACUCGCUGGCCAAGGUGCCCAAACGGGCCAGCAUGGUGCAUUCCCUGAUUGAAGCCUAUGAGCUGCUCAAGGAGAUGAGGGUCGUGAAGCCCAAGGUGGCUUCCAUGGAGGAGAUGGCCAGCUUCCACACGGACGCCUACCUGCAGCACCUCCAGAAGGUCAGUGAGGAAGGGGAUGACGAGCAUCCCGACUCGGUGGAAUUCGGCCUGGGCUACGACUGCCCCAGCACGGAGGGCAUAUUCGAUUACGCGGCCGCGGUGGGGGGCGCCACCAUCACGGCGGCCCAGUGCCUGAUCGAUGGGAAAAGUAACAUAGCUAUUAACUGGGCCGGGGGCUGGCACCAUGCCAAGAAAGACGAGGCUUCGGGCUUCUGUUACCUCAACGACGCCGUCCUGGGGAUCCUGCACUUGAGGAGGAAGUUCGAGCGCAUCCUCUACGUGGACUUGGACCUGCACCACGGAGACGGCGUCGAAGACGCUUUCAGUUUCACUUCCAAAGUCAUGACUGUGUCUCUGCACAAAUUCUCUCCAGGGUUUUUUCCGGGAACUGGCGAUGUGUCCGAUGUGGGUCUCGGGAAGGGAAGGUAUUACAGCGUCAACGUGCCCAUUCAGGAUGGCAUACGGGAUGACAAGUACUAUCAGAUCUGUAAAAGCGUCCUCAAGGAAGUCUAUGUAGCCUUCAACCCCAAAGCGGUGGUUCUGCAGUUAGGAGCCGAUACCAUAGCUGGGGACCCGAUGUGCUCCUUUAAUUUGACUCCCGUGGGACUCGGGAAGUGUCUUACCUACAUCCUUCAGUGGCAGCUGGCCACCCUCAUCUUGGGGGGAGGCGGCUACAAUCUUGCUAACACAGCCCGAUGCUGGACAUAUCUGACUGGGGUCAUCUUGGGGAGAACGCUCUCUUCUGAGAUCCCAGAUCAUGAAUUUUUCACUGAAUACGGCCCGGAUUAUGUGUUGGAAAUCACCCCCAGUUGCAGGCCUGACCGCAAUGAGCUGCACCAAAUCCAGCAUAUCCUGAAUCGCAUUACAGGGAACAUGAAGCAUGUGGUUUAGGGGUGGUGGGGUGGUGGUGGUGGUGCUAGAUCUGAUUGUGACAGUAUAGGAAGAUUUCUUGUAAAGCUGGCUUUGUGUUUUUGUGAAUUUGUGGCUGUGAGGAAAAAUCUGGAAGAGAUUACUUCCUCACAACACCAAGUGGCAGCUAGUCUUCGUGGGGUUCAGUAGGCAAUCACCCCAGAGAUUUAAGCAGAGGACUGGAAGGAGUAGGAAGGUGACUUUUAAGGUUCAAGUGCUUUUUUCUGAAAUACAGUUGAGACAAAAUUAAGAUUCCUUUCUAAAAGGCAAAAGCAGUUUGUAUUCUUGGAAAUUAUUUUCUGGUGGGUUUGGGGUAGGGAGUUUUUAUUUUUUAAGCAAGAAAUGCUUGGGGUUAGUUGUUCACUGUCAUUGAUGAAUUUGGUGAGUAGUACUAGUAGUGGUCAAAUAUAAUUUUUAUUUUAAAAAAUUAUAUUUUAACUUCAUCUCACCUGUAAAAUGCAUAUACUGUAUAGUUAUAUUUUAAUAAAGAGGUUUUUUUUUAACAGAUUCAGGAUUUCAUCAAUAUGCGCACUACAGCCUGCAAUAGGCCCAUGCAAGGUUUUCUCUAAAUUCUCGGUAGAGGAUCACUCAGUAGUUUGGAAGGCCUUAUUCUUGAAUUUUUAAAUAUAAUACAUUUACAUAGUGCUUUAAGAGGUUACAUUUUAUAGGACUUCUAAAAAUAUACAAAGCACUUUACAAACAUCAUCUCAUUGGUUCCUUAACCACCAGUCUGUGAGGUAGGUGCUAUUAUCCCCACUGGACAGAUGAGGAAAACAGGUUCAGAGAAGUGACAGUGAUUUGCCCAGGGUAAUACAGCUCAUAAUUAUCUGAGGCAACAUUCAAACCCAAGUUGUCCUGACUUCGAGUCUAGGGCUCUAUUACCUCUUAACAUCUUAAGAAUUAUCUACCUGUAACCAUUCAGUUUGGGUCUAGUUCAUUGUCUUUCUGCUGUACCUCUCUGUAUAUAUAUAUAUACACUGAGGGACUAACCUGAUAAACUCCUUGUCCAGCUACUACAUGUUGUAGUCUGGGCAAUAUGUAUUUUUGAUUCACUUUAGUGUUCCAAUGUAAAUGAUUACAGUGCUAAUAUGUAUUUCAUUGAGAUUUUGCAGUAUUCCAGGAAUGAAUCAAUGUUGCCUAUCAAAAGGAGACUAGGGAGAGCCUUCCUAUCAAUAAGUAAUCCUUUUUCUUUUUUUGUUGGGACUAGAACCAGGCAUCAACUGUGACAGUGGCAGACUUAGAUAAGUGCAUCCCACUUUUAUACCACAGUUGAGAGAGUACUCAGUGAAUCACUAAACAAAGGUGUUUCCACGGUUCUGUCCAUCUGAGUUAGUAAUUUAGUUUGUGCACAGGAGAAACCUUGUCUGAGAGGGCUUUCGAGGCUAUAUUUUGUUCUACCAAGUGGAAUGCUUAAGAAAAAAUAAAUAAAACAGUAUCUAGUAGUACGUCUUUUUUUCUGUCAACUCUGUAACUUGUGAAAUCAAGAUCUAGUUAACUAUCAUAAAUAAUCUACAAAAGCUCAACUAUUUCUUCUCAUACUUUCUUCAGGAAUUCCCUUGAUGCACGCAAAGUUCAUUCCCAUGAAGAUCAAGUAGAAAUGAGAAAGCAGGCAUAUGGACCUGUGGUGGCUAUUGUCUUCUUGGUCACUCUUUUUGGUCAAAAGUUCCCAUCUGGUAUUUGCCAUUCUAUGGAAUCUUCCUUCCCCUCUCUGAAAGAUCACAAACAUCCUUUCUUGAGUGAUUUUAAAAUGUCAUGGGUUGCUUCUGCUUGUAUUUGAUCGUGUCUAGCUACUCUUUCUGAUUUCAUCUUAAAGUGCAUUUCCACUUCCUCACACAAUGUAUUGAAUACUAAGUGGCAAAGUGUGAAAAUAGUAAACCCCCUUAUCAUGAAAAAAAUAAAAUGUUUAUAAACCUCCA